CUGCACUGGCAGUGGGACGGCGGUCUGGGCCACGAUGGUGAGCCUCGUCCAAUCGUCUUGAUUUUUCUCUUGCAUAUCUCUCUUGGGCUUAGACGACUCCAUGUAAGACUUAAGCUCAACUGGGUUUUGUUUUAUAUGUGAAAACCUCCAAUUUCUUCUAGACUUUUGCCUUAUAGAUCUCCAACUUAUUGACUUCUUAAUCCAAUAUUUGAUCCAAAUUCUCCUUGACUGUAUUUAAUCCUGAAAUGCACAGAAAAAUACAAAGAAGGAAUAAAACAACACAAAAAUACAACUAAGAUCUAAAAUUAGCACAUUGAUCAUAUAGUUUUAUUUUUUAUUGGAAGGAGGCAAAGUGCGGGACAAUGACACAAAUAUUGUUUUUUUUUAAAUUUACCAAUAUGGCGGAUUAAAAAGUAUUGACACAGACAUUGUGUUUUGGAGAAAAGAAUCGGCGAGACCACCUGAGACUCAGGCGCUGCCGCUUUUGCUGACUUUUUGGAUCGUUUUAUUUAUUUGACAGCGGCGGCGCCCAAGACUCUGGUGGCACCGCCUGAGGCCUAAGUGAGUUGGUGGGAAAUCAUCCCAGGCAGUGGCGCCCAAGACUAAGGUGGCACCGCUGGCUUAUUGUUGGCCACCCACCUUAUAAAAACCAGCCAAUUUCAUUUCAGAUUCACACCACAAAAAAAAUCGUCCAAGAUAGAGGAGAGAGCUCUGGUUGCUGCUGCAAAAAUGGCUAAUAGGUAAGAGACACAUUUAUUUUUGUAAUUAUAUUAUUCAAAUGCUAUUUUGAUUGUGUUUAGUUUUAAUUAGUGAGUUUGUUUUUUUUAGUGAUUUUAGAAGAUUUGAACUAGUCGUUCGGUGGAAAUCGGAGAAAGUAGAGGAUAAUUUGGGCAUCAAAUUCGUUGGUGGUAGUAGUUUUCAGUUGACGGUUCCAUCCAGGGUCACGUAUCACAAACUUUGUGAGAAUCUAAUUCCGAGAAUACGGCGUAGAGACGAAGCAGUACAAGAUAGUGAUGUGAUCACAGGUUUCACUUACCGUCUUCCAGAAUGGCAGAAUGGUGUUUUAUUUCAUUAUGCGAUGCCUAUUGUGGAUGAUGAUAGCUUGAAUGUGCUUUGGAAUUUUAUGGCACAAAAUCCUUAUUGUUUGGGUGCUGAGGUACAUGUUGAGCUUAGUGAGGAUCAGGGUGGAGAGGAAGAAGAUGAUACAUGGAGCGUGCCAUCCGAUCAUGACUAUGAUGAUGGUGAUGACGGAGAGGAGGAAGAUGAGGAGGAGGAGGAGGAGGAAGAAGAAGAGGGGGAAGGAGAGCAGCCUAAUUAUCCUCCAUAUAUUUACUUGCAUGGUAAUGAAGAGGACGAAGAAUUAUCACUUGCCGAUUCAUAUGGCGUAAUUCCAAUGCCUAUUGUUGAUAGUUUUGAAGGAGAAUUCUACAAGGGGCAGAUAUUUCACUCAAAACAAGCUGCACAGAUGGCGAUUAAACACCAUGCACUACAACGCAACUUUCAAUAUGGCGUGGUGGAGUCGUCACCUUCAAUCUGGAAGGUCAGAUGCUUGAGGCACAAGGAUGACAAUUGUCCUUGGAUGGUGCAGUUUGGAUGUCGAGAUGUUGGAGGCGAAUGGACUGUGAGAAAGGCUGAGUUGGUGCAUUCUUGUAGCAGUACGACUCAACCGACGGAUCAUCGCCAUCUUGAUGUUGACAUGAUAUCUGAGGCCGUCAAACAUUUGGUACGUGCCCAACCAAAUCUGAGUGUUCUAAUUGUUCAGGCCGAGUUGAAAGAUAAGUUUAAUAUGCAAGUUACUUACAAGAAGGCUUGGUAUGGGAAACAAAGAGCAUUGGAGAAGUUGCAUGGAAAUUGGGAAUAAUCCUACGCUUUUUUGCAAACAUUCUUGCAGGUGGUCAAGAGAAAAAUGCCAACAUUGGUGAUUGAUUGGGUAAGAGUUCCUUCGACUCAACCAGGUCAUUCAAUAUUUCAGCGAGUAUUCUGGGCUUAUGGACCUUGUAUAGAUGGAUUCAAGAAUUGUCCAGGCGUCAUGGUUGUUGAUGGAACAUUUCUUACUGGAAAGUAUAAAGGAGUGCUACUCAUGGCGAGCUCAUUUGAUGGUCGGAAGAAGAUUUUUCCAAUUGCAUUUGCCAUAGUGGAGAGCGAGAAUACUAAGAGUUGGCCAUGUUUCAUGAGGAACGUUCAGGGUUUGACUGAUCGAAAUGAUGUAUGCAUCAUCUCAGAUAGACAUGCAAGACUCUAUGAAGCCAUGAAUAACAUCGGAAGAGGUUGGGAGUGGAGGUGGUGCAUGCGACACUAUGCAAGCAAUUUGCAAAGGAAGACUAAAAACAGAAUUAUGUA